CUGCUAACGUAGGUAGGGGACUACGCUGUGACAGCGGCGUCAGAAGUGACGGAGAGCCCAGCAAGCACGGCGCAAAGCCUCGAUUCGGCACUGAUAAAUGCAUCGCAUUGGCUACGCAAACGAGAAUGAACAUGCUGCAGCAAGCGAGCUUAAUCUCUGACCACAUCUGGGGCCGGUGAAGGCCAACUGUGCCACUCCUGGAUCCAGGUCCCUUUUCUCAUCUGGAUUGUGUGAUAAGCAGGAGGGAUCGGACACCCCGUCCCGCAAUCCAGCAAACCCAUUUCCAGCUCUAAUGUCCCAUUCGCUUUGACUGGCCCGUAACCAUGAUGCCGAUGAUCCUGACGGUGUAUCUGAGCAGCGGUGAGCAGACUGUGGCAGAGGUUCCCAUCACCCCGGAGACGCGUUGCCGGGAUGUGGUGGACUUCUGCAAGGAGCCCGGGGAGAGCGGCUGCCACCUGGCUGAGGUCUGGAGGGGCAACGAAAGAGCCAUCCCCUUCGACCACAUGAUGUACGACCACCUGCAGAAGUGGGGGCCCCGGAAACAGGAAGUGAAGUUCUUCCUGCGGCACGAGGAUUCUCCUACCGAGAGCAGCAGCGACCAGGGGAGCCAGCAGCCACAGGACCAGGCUAGGAGGAAGAACGGAGGAACUGUGGAGAAGCCCUGUGAGAACGGGGUGGGGAGCCCUCGUGUGGAGCUGACUCUGUUGGAGCUGCAGGAGAUGGCGUCGCGCCAGCAGCAGCAGAUCGAGGCACAGCAGCAGAUGCUUGUUGCCAAAGAGCAGCGUCUGCGGUACCUGAAGCAGCAGGAGAGGAGGCAGCAGCAGUCGGAGACGGAGGGCGAGAAGCUGCAGCGGCUGAAGGAGCGCGUGGAGAGCCAGGAGGCCAAGCUGAAGAAGAUCCGCGCCAUGCGGGGCCAGGCCGACUACAGCAAGGUCACCAACGGCAACCUGUCAGCGGAGAUGGAGCACAUCAACGGCGUGUUCCAGGAGAAGCAGCAGGAGCUGCAGGUGGCCGUGCUCAAAGUGGACCAGCUUACCCAGCAGCUGGACGACCUGCGCAGGGGCAAACUCACGCUGGCCGGGCAGGUGACCAGCACGGCUGCUCUGGAGCUGCGCAAACUCUACCAGGAGCUGCAGAUCCGUAACAAACUGAACCAGGACCAGAACAGCAAGCUGCAGCAGCACAAGGAGCUGCUGAACAGACGCAACACGGAGGUCACCCUGAUGGACCGGCGCAUCGCCGAGCUGCGGGAGCGCCUUCAAAAGAAAAAGGCAGAGCUGAACAGGAUCACCGGACCCCCCUCUCCCCAGCCAGCUGUGGGGGGCUCAGGGCGUGUGGCAGCUGUGGGGCCCUACAUCCAGGUGCCCGUGCCCACCCGCCAGGACGUGCCCCCCGAGCCACUCAAACCGCAGUCUCUCAGCGUGCCCUCUACCGCCGGCCACGGCCACUCAAAAACAGAGACGGACGGGCGCGUCCUGAGAAAGCCCCCCACGACAUGGAAGGUGUCAGAUUUAGACAUCGUAGUGGACCCCCUGUUGCCGUCCUCUCCCGGGGUGCCCUCUGGGUCCGAUGGAGUGUCCUCUGAGCCUGCAGCCAACGAAGGCGAUUGGCCCACUCUAAGCAAUGGGCCGCCCUUAAUCAAGCCGCCCGAUAGGAAGGAGACUAACACAGACGGAGCCACCAAGCCGGGCCCCCCAGUCCCCACGACGACUCCACCUGACAAGAGCCUCGACUCCAGCAGGCCCGUCGGGCUGACACCUCCCUCCCAAAAACCCCCGCCCCCUCCUUACGGCACCUACCCCUGCACGAGCGCCCCGUCCUCGUCUGGUUCCGGCAGCCCCCGGGAGCGUCGCCGCGACAGCCUGCCCCGCCCGGGCCCGGUUUCGGCCAAUCCCGCGUGGCAGCGGGCUCCGCCCCCCACCGGCUCCUCCUCCCAGCAGAUCCAGCAGCGGAUCACCGUGCCCCCGAGCCCCACCUUCCAGCCCCCCUCCCCUCUCUUCCCCCCCGGCGGGGAGAGGCAAGACCCCCUCCUGGCGGCCGCCGUGCGCCCCUUCAUCCCCGACAAAGGGUCCCGGCCCCAGUCCCCCCGGAAGGGCCCCCCCAGCAUGAACUCCAGCUCCAUCUACCACAUGUAUCUGCAGCAGGCCGCACAUAAGGCACACCCCUUCAACAGCAAGUUCGCGCUCAAAGCGGUCUACGGGAAGCCAGUCCUGCCCGCCGCCUCCUCCAUACCCUCUCCCCUGCCCUUCCUGCAGGGGGCGCCAGGCGCAGGGCUUCCGGAGGAAGGGGCGGAACGGGAGGCGGACGCUGAGGGCCAUGUUCCGGGGCCCGGUGUGGAGAACAUCCCCCGCCCGCUGAGCCCCACCAAGCUCACGCCGGUGGCACACUCUCCCCUGCGUUACCAGAGCGACGCCGACCUGGAGGCCCUCCGCAGGAAGCUGGCCAACGCCCCGCGGCCCCUGAAGAAGCGCAGCUCCAUCACGGAGCCCGAGGGGCCCGGGGGCCCCAACAUCCAGAAGCUUCUAUACCAGCGUUUCAACACCUUAGCGGGGGGCAUGGAAGGGGCGGGAGGAACGCCCUUCUACCAGCCGGCCAACCCUCCGGAGUAUCCCGGCCCCCCUCCGGCCGCCCCCACCGACGUGGAGAACGGGAACGUCGCCAAUGCCAACCCGCCGCCCGAGUACCCGGGCCCCCCCGCCGAGCCGCCUGGCUCGGCCGCGCCUCCCUCGCCCGGCUCCUCGCUGCCCCGCCCCUCGGACGGCAAUGACAACCAGGUGCUGGCCCCUCCCCCCCCGGGGCAGACCCCCGGCCCCGCCCUGCUGCCUCAGGACUCGGUGGAGGACAGCAACAACAACCCCUCUCUCGCCGCCGGCCCCCCCGACACGCUGCCCAGCCCCAUCCCCGAGGAGGAGGGGAGCCCGCCCCUCGCCACGCCCUCCUCUCAACAGCCUAAGCGCAGUAACCUGAAGAAGCCCGAGUCUGAGCGCACAGGCCACGGCCUCCGGGUCAAGUUCAACCCCCUGGCCCUGCUGCUGGACGCCUCGCUGGAAGGGGAGUUUGAUUUGGUCCAGAGGAUCAUCUACGAGGUGGACAACCCCAGCAUGCCAAACGACGAGGGCAUCACCCCACUGCACAACUCGGUCUGCGCCGGCCACCACCACAUCGUCAAGUUCCUGCUCGACUUCGGCGUCAACGUCAACGCGGCGGACAGCGACGGCUGGACACCCUUGCACUGCGCUGCCUCCUGUAACAGCGUGCACCUCUGCAAGCUGCUGGUGGAGUCCGGAGCCGCCAUCUUCGGCACCACCAUCAGCGACGUGGAGACGGCCGCCGACAAGUGCGAGGAGAUGGAGGAGGGCUAUGUCCAGUGCUCCCAGUUCCUCCGCGGUGUUCAGGAGAAGAUGGGCGUGAUGAACAAGGGGGCGGUGUACGCGCUGUGGGACUACGAGGCCCAGAGUGCCGAUGAGCUCUCCUUCCAGGAGGGCGACGCCAUCACCGUCCUGAGCCGUAAGGACGACAGUGAGACGGACUGGUGGUGGGCCCGGCUCAAUGACAAGGAGGGCUACGUGCCCCGAAACCUGCUUGGGCUGUACCCCAGGAUUAAACCACGCCAGCGCUCCCUAGCGUAAACCUCCCUUUCCCCUGCUGCCCUCCUGGUUGAAAUCCUCGACUGCAACGCUCCCGUUCCUACCCGCACCCCCGGUCCUGCUGUAGAUCUCCUCGGAGCCUCAGGGAGGCGCCAUCUAAAGCGGCAGCUCAUCUUGGACACGUACGGGACGGGACCGAAGCUUCCUCUUUAUUUCAGGGCCGACGCGCUACCUGAGCAGAAAACAAACACACUACACAUUUCUGACCGCUCCUGACUCUUUAACGGAAAAGAACUCGGCGACAAAACGGAGUGCUUUUUCAAAGGUGGUUACGGGGUUUCUUCGACCGGGCUGAGAUAAGGUGACUGUCGCCUGAGACGUCUCAUUGACCGUCGUCGGGAGGGACACCCUCGGAGACCAUGGAUUUCGGGGGCUGGGCGUGGUCAGGUGGAGCACGAGCAUGAGCAUCGUGGGUGGGGUGGUGGUUUAUUUAUUUUUGGGGUAGCUCUGUGGGGCAGCAGGAUGUGGCAAAUAGGCCUGAUUUCUCUCUCCCGAUCCCUCUGGGUGUGAACGGCUACUGAUCUUUUUUCUUUUUCUUUUUUUUUCCCCCCCACCCCUACAUGUGCACUGAUUGGACCUUUCGGGCAACCACGGGGCAUUUCUUCAAUCAAACUGGCUGUCGUAGAGCUUUUCCUAUCAAAGCCGGUGUGCAGAUGUCCAAACAUUGUAUAUUAUUACACUUUGGAUUUGUUUUCCUUCUUGCAUUUCAACCCACCCCCCCCCCCCCAAACCCUCCCCCUCAUGUUUUUAGUCUUGUGAAUGAUUACCUCUCCAAGCAAAUGCUUUAAAGAGCUGAGCCUCGAAAUAAACUGUAAAUACUGUGGUGACGGCAAGAUUAUUGUCUGCUGCUGUGGAAGGCGAGAAGGAGUUGAGCGUUUCUGUACAACGUGAAGAUGUGGGACUUUUGUGAUCUGAUCUGUAAAUGUACACAGUAAAAUGAUUCCCCCAGAACAA